AUGUUACAAAUAUUGUGCCUAUGGUCUAUGUUCGUAUGGAGUGUUGGUGGUAGUGUGUGUGAAGGAGAACUUUGUUCCCGAAAUGUGGCUCCUAGAAUCGCGGGCGGAGAUAGAUCUGAACCAAAUGAGCGACCUUUCAUGGUGGCCUUAUACUCGCGGGUGGGCACUACAGGAGAUCUAGGAUUUUGUGGAGGAGCUCUCGUGAGCCCCGAGUGGGUGAUCACUGCAGCGCACUGCUGUUUCCAUAACGGAGAAGAAGUUAAUCACGUACAGGCUAUUCUCGGCGCCCAUUCCCUGUAUGAUCGCUACGAGCACGGCCGACGCGUGGUGAACGUGGCCGAGCUGGUGAUCCACCCGGAUUACGAUCCUGACACCUUCGCUAACGACAUUGCAUUGCUAAGACUAGCCAACACUAUUCAGCUGUCAGAUAUGAUAUCUACGAUCCAGCUGCCGUACCGCAACAUAUCAACGUUCAACUUCGCGGGGGCUGGGGCUACCGUGUCCGGGUGGGGCAUAGCCGCUGAGGGAGUGACCUUCAUAUCGCCGACGCUUCGUGAGAAGCGGAUGACAGUGUUAACGGACACUUUCUGCAACACCACGUACUUCAACCAGUUGCCUGACAGUACUAUAUGCACCUUCCAUGGCGUUGCCGGUACUUGCAAGGGCGAUAACGGCGGACCGCUGACGAUAUUCUACAACGCAACUGAAGAGGAUAUUUUGGUUGGAGUGACUUCAUUUAUCAGCGCCACUGGCUGCAAUGACGACCAACCCUCAGUGUUCACGAGGGUACAACGGUACCUCGACUGGAUCAGCCAACUGACUGGAGUACCAAUUCUCUAUUGA